AUGAUCAGCAAAGGCCGCACAAUCCAACGUUUCAGUGAGAUGCAUUCUUGUGUGGCCCUUGGAUGGCUGCUAAUUUUUCUCCGCGCUUCGCCUGUACUCAGUAUAGGCCAAUCAGGUAAGAGGUUUACCAUGUUAUAGUUUAAAAUGUUCAUUUAUCACUGCGUCCUAAUUCCUGGGACAAAUUUGCAGGAUCAUCUUAAAUUAUUUUGAAAAAAAAAAAAAAAGAAAUUUUGCUUCUGGCAGUGUAAGCGACUAAAAAACUAUGACAUACGAAACUGAAAGGGAUCAGAAGUGACGGAAGAGAACCUCUACAAAAUAUGUAGGAACGGUCUUUUUCUCCCUCUGGUUCUCAGCAGUAGGUGAUACACUUGAUCAAACCUUGGCCUCACGCAAAACGCUGUUUUGUUAAACACGAGCAAAACUCUGCUUAAAUUACUGGCCCAAUAGAUUUGACGAGCAAAAAGGAAACUCUGCACCGUAUGACACUUUUUUGGACAUGUUUGGCCGUCCUCCCCAGAACUAUGAAGUGAAAUAGUCGAAAUACCCUGUUGAGACGUUUUCUUAAGGUGUUAGUCGCACAAAAUCCUUUUUCACCUUCAUUUUACGGAGUGAGCCUUUGAUUAUUGUGGCUCACAUGUGGCUAUAAUUAAACGAAAUUAUCGCCUUGUUUUUGUUAAAUAAUUGGUUUGGUCGAUAAAUGAAUUUUAGUGGCAUUAACUAACAGGUAAUUGAUCUGAUUUAGUUACAUCGGGUGGUGUCAAGUCUACUCCAUUUCAACAAUUUUGCGGGCGUGAAAUCGAAAAUGACUUACAUAAGCAAAUUAGCUUGUGGAAAAAGUACAAUAUUAUUGUGAAAGGUGACACGUUAACAUUUUUUAAAGAACUUCAGUCUACAACCCUUCACAGGGAGGACCCCUUUUUGGGUUUAGAAGGUCUCGCCAUGAUAAAGGUCGCUCAACAUGUUUUUCCCAAAUGUACUUAAAAACGAUAUUAACGUCACUGAUUUCAAUGUUGAAUACCCUUUCCGUUGUUGUAACUAAAUGAAAAGAUCGCUUGAGAAAAUAGCGAUGUCUAGUGUACCUUUAAUCAGCCUUGUAAAGUACAUUCGUAUGCUCAAUUACUUUUUCUUUUCUUUUCGUAUUGAGUCAUCACAUCCAGAGAAAUUCAUGCUUAUGAGAUUCAUGAAUGCUCCUUAUAAUAUACAGCAAGUGUUCCCUAGCUCUAAUUCUGUCAAACUUCUUUUACUUUUUCCCUCUUGGCGGCAGUAGCGUGGGAUGCAUGUCAAUCGAUCAUAAUGCGUUCCUGUUUGGGUGAGAGGUGCUUAUAAGUGAAAUGGAACUAUUCUCUAUACAGUUGUCUUUUGCCAUUAAAGAAAGAAAACAAAAGGAAACGGGUUGUAAUUUUACAAUAGUUUAUACAGAAAAGGAUAAUUAGUCACGGUUUAUUGCCUAAUUUUUUUCAGUUACAUCAUGGAAGGAAGGGAGUCGUUUCGGUUCAGGUAGUUGAAUUUCCUUUAUUUACCAUUCUGUUUUUCCCAGUUUCAAACAACAUCAAAAACAAUUAUUCGGAUUUGGCACUAAAGCAAUCGACAUAGCCCUGAGAAAGGCAGAAUAUUCAUUAGCCUCAAUAGCAUAAUAACUUUUAGAAAACUGUUCUCACCUACGGUAUAUAUAAUUGGCCCGUGACGCGGGAAAUAAGUAACUCCUUUAAAUUCCUGCUCGUUGGUGGUAUGAUGCAUUGUGGCCCUUCCUUAGAAUUGCUCGGUUUUUGUCAGUGCCUCUUGGUCACUUCAACAGAGUUCAGUGGAAGUGACUUACAAGUUUCGCUGUGGUUUCAACCGCCACCAAGAGAGUUUGAAUUUCUCGUACAGCAAAUCGAAUCGCUGGGGCUAGAGGAGAAUAUUUUGGGAGAUGUAAAUUGUCAUGUGGCUGUUUGCCCACUUGCCCACUAGAAUCUCUUGCAAAGAAUCUUCUGGAAAUCUGCAACCUUUACUAAUACCACCAACUUAUUAAUGUGAACAUUCGAAUCACUGAAAAAUCCACGACUUUUUUUGAUUUAUUCAUAACAAAUAACAAGCAAACCUUUAUACGCAUUCUGGGGUUUGUCACAUCGGAAUUAGUGACCAUUCUCUUAUCUAUGGAGUUACAAAAUUUGUAUUCCCAAAGGGAAAACAAAGAUUGUAUCCUUUGAUACGUUUGACCACACUGGGCAUAUUGUUGAAAAAACUGCAAGUUAAUGGUCUCGAACCGCAUGCAGUUCAGUGGUUCAAAUCAUACCUAUCAGAUGGCUUUCAGAGUACUUACGUGUAUGGCACUCUAUCAGACUAUCUUCCUUUUAUCUUUGGGGUCCCACUAGGUUCUUUACUUGGACCUUUGUUGUUUCUCUUUCAUAUAAAUGACCUACAAGAAUGUAAGCUGUCAUCAUCUGUACUUGCGUACCCUUUCCGCUUAUUACUCCACAAUUCUUGAAGAAAAGUUAAUCAAAGAAUUGGAUGAGGUUCAAAAGUGGCUGAAAUCCAAUAAACGUACCUUAAAAGUUUAAAAGACAAAAUAUAUGAUUAUUGGUCACCACUACCGAUUAAGGCGUCAACAAUUGACUCGGGUAACUAACCAUAGAUAUCUGGGAAAAGAGGUUGACCAGGCAUUGGGGUAGCAAUCCCAAGUAAAAACCAUCUGUAAAAAGGUAUCUGCAGGUCUAGGUAUCUCACCAGAGACAACGGACCAGUUUUCUUCAAAAACGUUGUUUCAUAAAAAAGUUGAUGCUAUGAAUGUUGAGGCAAAUUGGAUUGGGUUUCUGAGUAAUGGAAGGACUACAGGUGUGUGAAGGUCUGAUCCUUGUUAUUGGCGUUUCCAUCCCCCCUUCCUUAUAUUGUGAAAGGCAGGAUAUUGGUUGGGGCAGGAGCGGUUUGCUCCCAUAACUUAGUUCCUCGUGUGGGGACAAUAGGCAUGCAGUGGGAAUAUUACACUGUAUUUAACCCGAAACUAAAACGAGUCCAAGGGAAAUGAUUUUUUUUUUCAGAUACCAAGCAAUAUGACCAUUCAUUCCAUUGGGUUAAGCACCUUCAAUGUCUUUGUUACUAACUGUAAGUUUAUGAACACCCAAGUAGCAUUUGCCAUUUUUCAAAACAGUCACUCUCCUGUGUCAAGAACGCAGUCAUCCACACUAGUCAUCAACGACUCAGAAUUCUUAAAUAAUACCGUAUCCUUCUUGGUUGUUAUGUUUCAGGGGGCUUUACAUUAAACAUAUCGAGGUGCGUCUUUCAGGGCGGAGUGGAUGGCUUACGUUUCAAUGGAACCUCCUUGAAAAUCAUGGGCCAAGAAGCAGUGUACAUUAACGUUAUAAGGAAACAACAAAACACUACGGCAAAAGCAGUCGGGUUUAACACCGAUUCCGUUUUUCGUGAACUUGGUCACGAAAAUCCUGGCUUUGCAUCGUCAUUUCUGUCUAACGGUAGCAUCUUUACCAAUGGAACUUGGACAAUAGGCAACACAACAUUUCUAGCCAACAAAAAUGUCAUGGCAGAGGACGGCGGAUUUCGCGUACGACUAGUGAAAGUGAAGAUUAAUUCCAUCCGUGGAAAGGCCAUACUCUUGACACUAAAUAACGCUGUUCUUUCAGAUUCGAAUUCAUCCAGUCUCGUUAUCAGUGACUCAGAAUUCUUGAGUAGUGACAUAUCCGCCUUGGCUCAAAUUCAGAAGGGGCUUUUGGCCUUUAAUCUAGCCAGGUGUGUCUUUCAGGGUAAUACAAAAUCAUCCAUACCCGGAGGGAAUAUCUUGUUACCUAAUGAACCCCAAACUGUGACAAAGGCAGAGGUUUUUGAACUUGGUCACGAGAACAAUGGCUUUGCAUGGUCAUUUUUGACUAACGAUAUCGUCUUUACCCGUGGAACAUUGAGGCUAUUUCACACCACAUUCUUGCAUAACAAAAAUGCUGUAUUAGUUGCUGGAGAUUUAGACGCGCAACUAGUAAAUGUGAAGACUGAUUCUACGAACGGGAAUGCCAUACUCGUUGAUAACCUUUUCACAGUCUCAAGUACAAGAUCAUCCAGUCUUGUUAUCAGCGACCCAGAAUACUUGAAUAACAGCGAAUCCGUCUCAGUCGUGGUUCUGUAUAAGGGGGUGUUUGCAUUAAACAUAUCGAGAUGUAUUUUUCAGGGAAAGAUGGGGCGAUUUAAUGGAACCUCCUGGGAUAAGACGACGAUGGCGGCAGUGUACGUCAAAUUAAUAAACCAAUCGCGAGAAUCGACGGUACAGGCAGUCGGCCAUAUAACCUAUUCCGUUUUUCGUGAGAUUAACAAAAAGAACAAUGGUUUCGCAUUAUCAUUUCGGGCUUACAAUUGCUUCUCUACCGCUGGAAAUUUAACAUUAUACAACACUACUGUUCUAAGGAACGAAAAUGCCAUAUCCGUGACUUGUGGAUUCGACGUUCGAUUGUCAAAAGUGAAAGUCCAUUCCGACCAUUCCACUUAUGGGUGUGCCUUUAUGGCCAAUGGACCUCAAAAACGAAAAGAAAGGGAUGCUGAUUUCAGGGUGUUUCUGGAACUCUUCAUUUUCUGGAACAAUCAAUUUGGCGUUCGAAUGGCGGCCAAUAUUUGCCUGAAUGACGUCCUUUUUUGUAUAGCAAGCAGCCAAUCGCUAGUUGUCAAGGAGAGUUUUUUUAUUGGCAGUAAUGAGACGCGGGGUACGGGUGAUGCAAUCAGAUUCCAGGUGUACUCAGACCAUUUAAACAGACCACCAUUUAUCAAGGGUGAGCUAAUCCUCGAAAACGUCACUUUCCAGGAAUUACACAACAUCGCUCUGUAUGUACGCAUGCAGAAGAACGUUAAAGGGCAAGUAUUUGUGAAGGACUGCAAGUUUGUGAACAAUUCGGCACUCAUUGAGCGCCUUAGUGAACAGCCAACUGUAAAAAUUGAAUUUGACGAAGAGGAUCCUCCGAAGUGUCUGAACAACGACAAACUGGUGUGGAAAAAUAGAUCUCAGAUACGGGUGAUAUUCCAAAAUAGCGUGUUCGAAGACAACGUUGGUAUCUCGGGAGCACUGAACGUUUUGAACGGAAACGUUUCUUUAAUAAACUGCACUUUCAAAAACAACGAAGGUUUGACUAUGGGGAGACAUAUUUAUAUGAAGACAGGCUUCGGUAUUCUUCACAUUGUGAACAGAACCUUCACCCAAACACGCUUGAAUCGAUUUUCUGAUACAAAGCAACGCGGAAUCGGCUCAAGUAAUGGGUGUUUCGUGGUCACAGACAGCACCGGCCCUUUAACUAUUUCAAAUCCGUCUUUUACAGCAAAUGUCAACAUAAACUUUCAUCCAUUUUUAAAGGCUUCUACCAGUAGUUUGAUUAAAAUUGACGUUGCUUCCUCCCUUCGAUGCCCACCCGGAAAGAGGGUCAAACUUGAUAAAGUCCAACAAAACUUAACUGAGGGUCUUGACUUUACCAAGGGAAACAAAACAUGCUGGAUUAGGUUAAACAUCUUCAAGACGUCUUGCGAAGAGUGUCCCGAUAAGUUUUAUAGUCUUCAUAGAGUACUAGCUACGGGUAUGAAUAAAAGCAAGGGAACUGAGUGUCUCGACUGUCCUUAUGGAGCCACGUGUGAACAUGGAAACGUUAAAGCGAAAGAAAACUUUUGGGACAUGAACGUUUCAGCAAGUUUUCCUACAAUGAAGUUUUUCCCCUGUCCUUUGGGAUAUUGUGGCAGGCCGAGCGAUUCCAAUGAUUACGUUUACAAUGCCUGUCGUGGAAACAGGAGUGGCGUGCUCUGUGGCAAGUGUUCUGAUGGAUACAGUGAAACGCUAUAUUCACCCUUAUGUAGAGAGAAAGAGAAAUGUAAUGAUCACUGGUUUUGGUUAGCUACUACAAUUUACGUGGUUUUGCUGGCACUUUACCUCGUCUUCAAGCCUCCCAUUUUCUCAGAGCUAUACAGGCAUAGUCUGUGGUUUAAGAGAAGAACAAAGAGAUUUGAUGUACAGCAAUUGCGACUUCAUAACGAUCAAAACCACGAUCCUGGAUACCUGAAGACUAUUUUCCAUUUUUAUCAAGUAGUUAAGCUGGUAAUGGUGAAUUCCCCAGAAACGACUCUUACCAUGGUUCCAAUUAUCCCACCUGUGAUCGCGAUUUUCAAUUUCCAGGUUAAGACAUUGAACGAUAGAAUUGGCUGUCCAUUUCCUGGUCUCACGGCCGUCACCAAGGCUCUCUUUCAGUGUACGAUGUUCCUGGGAACUUUACUUUCCAUUGGUUUUACAUAUGUCAUCCAUCGAGCUGCAAGCAAGUUCAGGUACAUUUCAGCACCUUCGCUAUCAUUAUACCUGGCUGUUGCUUUGGAAACACUGUUGCUUGGCUAUGAAAGACUUGCUGAUACAUCCCUAAAGCUUAUGCAUUGUGUUCCUAUUGAUAAGGAAUGGCGCCUUUUCGUUGAUGGUAACAUUCAAUGUUGGCAGUGGUGGCAGUUCCUGAUAAUCGCGUUCGUAUUGUCAUUUAUCAUUCCUCUUAUCCUUGUUCUCUUCUGGGGAUCACUGCUACUUGCCAAAGACCGAUUGACUGCUAAGGAAUUUUUACUGGCUUGUGCAUUUCCUCUACCUCACCUCGUCACCUGGACUAUACGGCACCUUAGAAAAAGAGAUUCUGAACGUGUAGUGUGCUCCCCCAGUGAUACCGAUGAAAUCAAGAAGGUUCUCUAUGGUCCAUUUCGUGAACCCUCUUCCGUACAACAUAGCACCCUGUACUGGAAAAGCGUUCUGACUGGCCGGAGUUUGUUACUGUUGAUCAUUCACACCUUUGCUACCGAUCCCAUAAUACGCUUCCUUUGCUUAAACUGCUCAUGCGUUUUGAUUCUUGUCCAUCAUCUUACAAUGAGACCUUUCCGCGAACGGAAAGCCAACGUUUUCGAAGGCCUUUCCCUGUUGAGCCUGGUUGUCAUUUGCUCGUUCAGUUUGGCUGAAGCCACCUAUAUAUCUGAGGGAAUUGAUCCUACAGAAAAGAAUCAAAACCUCUUUCGUGUUUUGCAGUGGAUCGAGAUAGUCUUGAUUGGGCUGCUACCAGCGGCAGCGUGCAUUCUUGUGAUUUUUGCCACGUUGUCUCAAGUUGUUCGCUUGCUGUACCACUGCAUUAGAUGCCUGUUACAGGUGAUACGGUGCAAAUGCCUCAUCGUGCAGUUACGAAUGCCGCGGAGACUACUGCUUAAUUGGGACCAGGAAGACGCCGAAUUAAUAGUGUGAUUUGUCACCUAUGAUAUUACACAUACUAACUCUUUGUGGCAAUACGCUGAUAAACGUUUUGCAAUAACAAAGCGAUCUUUCGCGUGCUAAUUGGUCAAGAGCUAUGGUCGAUGAGAGUAUAGGCCAUUGAAAUGAAGCUUCAGUGGAAAUGGACGUCAAAAACUGUCCAUAUUAUUGUAAAAAAAAACAAAUCUACAACAAUGCUCCAUCUCUAUACUCUUAUAUGGUCCAUAGAAAUAACGUCAAAAUGUUCAAAACUUUGCAGUGAAAUCACUCCAUUACGGCUCGUGGUUCCACUUGAUCAUGAGUUUUGAACAUUUUGACGUCAUUUCUAUGGUCGAUAAUAGAAGAGACCAUGACAUUUCUGUCGAUUUAUUAAAUAAAUGUAGACGUUCCCGCUAGUUGCUUCCAAAUAUAGAUAUAAAACGGCAAUUUUAUUGUUUUAAUAAACGUUAUAGUACAACAGUGUUACUUGAGUUCAAAAGUUUAGUUGGGCACUGUCACCUGAGUACUUCCUAAAAAUGAACAAAGGAGUCUGUAUCAACAGAAAUUCAUCCUAGCAGCGACCAAGUCCUACUUAAGGGAAGAAAACCUGUUCUAAGGUGUCUUUGACUUGGACACGUGCGAGAAAGAAGUACAUUGAAUCUUCGAUCCACGUUUCCAAUUUUGUUUGAGAUAAAAUCGUUCAAAAAGUACACUGAUUACGAUUUUAAAAAAUAGCUGGGUGAUCCUCAGGCAUUGUUCUAGAAAUUGGCUUUGACUCGAAAUAGCAGUUAUUUUAAAAUAGUUACGUGACAGUUCCAAAUGCUCAUGUGAAAAUGUGCUUCGCGCAUGCGUCCUCGUUGUACGGGAGGUGCAUGGCUUUUAUUAUUUUCUCCUCGUCUCUUCCCGUGCGUCCCCGCGCUCCUCAAUUUAACCUUUAUCUUUCCUCACCUCAAGAACACAUCAACAGCGACUGAGUACGAUUCUGGCUCAGUAAUCACUAUACUGGACACUAAAGACACUAAAGAGGCAAGACAGCUUUCUUAUUGUUCAAAAAAUAUAAAAAUCUCACAUUUAGGAGCGUUUUCACAUGACGCCACAUCCGCCAUAUUGGUGUCCUAAAACAUUUCAACGGCGGACAUGUUGCCUUCCAAAACUGACUAAUCUUGAUGGAGAUGAACCGUUUUCUUAUGUAAAAACUUUCUUUUGUUUUAGUAACAUUUGCAUAGCUGACGGCCACGUGAGUGAAAAGGCUGAUAGUGAAUUUCCCUCAUUAAAAUGGGGACUAAUUUUCCUGACUCCCACUCUUUCUUUUCUUCUAACAUUUUUUUAAAACUUUGGGAAAAUUGAUAAAACCCAAUCACCCAAAACCGCGAUUGCGAAAAUUGAUUUUCUAUCUUCGCAGUAUAAACAUUACCGGCUCAAAUCAAGGUGCGUGGUGUUCUGAACUUGGAGCAAUAGCAUAUGGCGAGGAGGGGGGAGAUAUGGCCGAGAUUUCGACUGUGUUGGUGGCAGUGAGUUUCAGUAUCUACUCGCAAAGUGACCAGAAUAUUCCCUCAGCCUUCUCAAAGCCACAGAUACCUGAGCAAAUUGUUCCUGAUUUCUUUCUUUGUCUCAGUGCAAGUAGACUGUCCCGCAUGAAAUAAGAGUAUUGGAUGGUUGCUAUGAAAACAAAUUUUGUCUUUUGAUAUGCAAAUAUGCAGCAGUUCUUUGAAGAAAGCGAGAGAUCUUAAGCGUAAAAGUUUUUUUUUUAUUCAACCGACGGUGUUAUUCAACUGGGCUCCCUCUCAAAACACUCCUCUGUUUCAUCGCAUUAUUUUUUUUUGGCUGUUGUUUCGUCUGCUUAUCUCAAAAGCUUGUCUAAAAAUGACAAAAAUAUCACCCACGCUCAAUUAACAAAAUUUUCAGAAAUACCCUUCCUAUGCCCGCUUCAACACCGGAGUAUUGUUCACAAUAAAAGGCAUUGUUUCAACAAAAAACAGCGCUGAAUUGUCUUUACAAAUCACAAAAAUUCUUCUUGAGAUAUUUUCAAGUACAGGUAAUUUCCGUUCUGUACUACGCAAGAGAAAAGCCCGGCUUUUGAAUUAUUUAUACUGAUGUCUGAUGCAUGAUGCUUGAGUCUGUUGAAAAAGUUGGCUUUGCUUAUUUUCCCCGUCGAGAAUAAAAACCAAUUGAUAUUGUUAAAACUUGCUUUCGGUUAUUAAUACAAGAUCGGAUUUUCGUGUUUUUGGAUCGCUGGAUAGUAGAACCACUUGUAAAACAAAUCGCUAAUGUUGACUGUCAGUGUUACUGUUGGCAGACCUUUAUUAGCACUCUAGGAUUAAAUAUCCUCCUGGGGACUUAGGAAAGUGCGAAAUAAUUUUAGUGGGUGACGUGUUAAACUCAACUACCGUGACAGCCAGUGAAAUAUUUUGCAAUUUAAAUUGGUUUUUCCGUUUCAAUUUUUGACAGGCAACGUGAGAGCCUCCGUUGAAAUUUUACAAGUGUUCAUCUCAAGGAACAGGGACCUUCUGGUUAACUGGGACCCAGAGGAGGUCCAUGUCCUGGAUUGA